AUGUCAGAAUUUGAUAAACUUCACGUCAAGAUGGGAAAGAGAGACGUUUCGUUCUCUGUCGAGGCCUGUCAAGGACGAUGUUCUCAACUGCAUGGAAUUACUGAUGGCGCCUUUAAGGGUCUGAGUACAGUGGCAGACGUUCUCGCUGUGAGAACUUCAGAAGGGAGAGAAUCAUAUAUACUUGAGUGGAAUGAGAGUGUGAAGAAGCUUCCAUUCCUUAGGAUAAGGACCCCAUCGAAAGGAAGGAUUAUCCUUUUCUUCUAUGCACUAAAAUUUCACCUGUCUAGCUCAGCGCAGUGCUUCAAGGACCCACUGCGCGUAUAUAGGAUUCGUGGUGCUGUUGCAAAUUGCACUGACCGUAAGUCAUUCCUGUUCUUCUCAGACAAUCAGCGCUUACAUUAUUCAGCCAAGGCAUCGGAGGCGACCUGCAGUCAGGCUCUCGAUCAUCAAAGCCAUAACACAUAUAUUAAAUACCAAUCUGUGCUGUAA